AUGACUAAACCAAACCUCUUUGUACCANGGAGCCAANGGGNCAGAAGGGCGCAGAAGAUUNCAAGUUACUUUAGUGGAGAAACAAGNUUUNCUCGAGCCUUCCUCACCCCAUGUGUAAACAUCCGGUCCUCUGAUAGGAGCUGGUGGAUUCAGAUUGGUGAUGGCGUUUCUAUAGGCUUGAACUGCCGUGUCCCUAGAGCGAAGAGAUGGAAGAAUCCAUCCCGUAGUUGA